AUGACUAUCUCACGGUUACUGAAGGAGAGAAUUAGAUACGCGCCCUACCUUUCUAAGGUAAAGGACGUAAAGGAAUUGAUACCGCUGUUCAAGGAUGGACAGAAUAUUGGCUGGUCUGGUUUCACCGGCGUGGGCGCGCCGAAGGCUGUUCCGGAGGCGUUGGUGAAGCACGUUGAAGAGAACAAUCUGCAGGGCAAGUUAAGAUUCAAUCUUUUUGUCGGGGCGUCAGCAGGGCCGGAGGAGUGUCUUUGGGCCGAGCACGACAUGAUCUCGAGAAGAGCUCCGCAUCAGGUCGGUAAACCGAUUUCGAAAGCCAUCAACGCCGGGAAAAUCAGUUUCUUUGACAAGCACUUGUCGAUGUUCCCGCAGGAUCUGACUUACGGCUUUUAUACAAGGAAUAGAACGGAUAAUAAAAUUCUGGAUUACACGAUCAUUGAGGCAACGGCAAUAAAGGAGGACGGCUCGAUUGUUCCAGGGCCGUCUGUGGGUGGCUCGCCGGAGUUCAUCACGGUGAGUGAUAAGGUGAUAAUCGAGGUUAAUACAGCCACGCCUUCGUUUGAGGGUCUCCAUGAUAUUGACAUGCCGUUAAAUCCACCUUUUAGGCAGCCGUACCCGUACGUAAAAGUGGAUGACAAAUGCGGUGUUGAUUCUAUACCAGUUGACCCAGAAAAGGUCAUUGCUAUAGUGGAAUCGACUGAAAUGGAUAAGGUUCCGCCAAACACACCCUCUGACGGUAUGUCGAAGGCGAUUGCGAAUCACCUAGUAGAGUUCUUCAGAGAUGAGGUAAAGCAUGGGAGACUACCGGAGAAUUUGCAUCCUUUACAAAGUGGCAUCGGCAAUAUUGCAAAUGCCGUCAUUGAAGGGCUAACGGACGCAAAGUUCAAACAUUUGAAUGUUUGGACAGAAGUCCUGCAAGAUUCUUUCCUAGAUUUAUUCGACAACGGCUCGUUAGACUAUGCUACGGCAACCUCCGUCAGACUGACUGAGAAGGGUUUCGAAAGACUGUUCAACGAUUGGGAUAACUACAAACAUAAACUUUGUCUAAGGUCUCAAGUUGUUUCCAACAAUCCGGAGAUGAUCCGUCGUUUAGGUGUGAUUGCAAUGAAUACACCGGUUGAAAUCGAUAUAUAUGCCCAUGCAAACUCAACGAAUGUCAAUGGCUCCCGUAUGUUGAAUGGAUUAGGUGGCUCAGCAGAUUUUCUAAGAAAUGCAAAAUUAUCUAUAAUGCACGCACCAUCAGCAAGACCUACUAAGGUUGAUCCAACAGGUAUUUCGACAAUCGUGCCAAUGGCUUCGCACGUUGAUCAAACAGAACAUGAUCUUGAUGUUGUUGUGACAGAUCAAGGUUUAGCAGAUUUGAGAGGUUUAGCGCCAAGAGAAAGAGCUCAUGUAAUUAUUGAUAAUUGUGCUCAUCCUGAUUAUAAAGAUUUGUUAAACGACUAUUUGGAAAGAUCAGAGCAUUAUGCUCGUAAACAUUCUUGCUUACAUGAACCACAUAUGUUGAAGAAUGCUCAUAAAUUUCAUACAAAUUUAAUAGAAAGAGGAACAAUGAAAGUUGAUUCCUGGGAUCCAGUGGAGUGA